GGUGAUGUCAGGAGGGCUACAAAUAGUGCCGACAGCUAAGGGGCUCUGUGUCCCCUUACAUCCACUCUCCAGCCGGCUGCCUGCCCGCUGCCUCCUCCGUGCGUCCGCCCAGCCUCGUCCACGCCGCCACCAUGAGCCAGGCCUACUCGUCCAGCCAGCGCGUGUCCUCCUACCGCCGCACCUUCGGCGGCGCCCCGGGCUUCUCGCUCGGCUCCCCUCUGAGCUCUCCAGUGUUCCCUCGAGCAGGCUUCGGUACCAAGGGCUCCUCGAGCUCAAUGACAUCCCGCGUGUACCAGGUGUCGCGCACGUCGGGCGGGGCCGGAGGCCUGGGGUCGCUGCGGGCCAGCCGGCUGGGGACCACCCGCGCGCCAUCGUACGGCGCGGGGGAGCUGCUGGACUUCUCGCUGGCGGACGCCGUGAACCAGGAGUUCCUGGCCACGCGCACCAACGAGAAGGUGGAGCUGCAAGAGCUCAAUGACCGCUUUGCCAGCUACAUCGAGAAGGUGCGCUUCUUGGAGCAGCAGAACGCCGCGCUCGCCGCCGAGGUCAACCGGCUCAAGGGUCGCGAGCCGACCCGCGUCGCCGAGCUUUAUGAGGAGGAGAUGCGGGAACUCCGGCGCCAGGUGGAGGUGCUCACCAACCAGCGCGCCCGGGUCGACGUGGAGCGGGACAACCUGAUCGACGACCUGCAGAGGCUCAAGGCCAAGCUACAGGAGGAAAUCCAACUGAGAGAAGAAGCAGAGAACAACUUGGCUGCCUUCCGAGCGGAUGUAGAUGCAGCCACUCUAGCUCGCAUCGACCUAGAGCGCAGAAUUGAAUCACUCAACGAGGAGAUUGCAUUCCUUAAGAAAGUACACGAAGAGGAAAUCCGUGAGCUUCAGGCCCAGCUUCAAGAACAACAGGUCCAGGUGGAGAUGGACAUGUCCAAGCCAGACCUCACAGCUGCCCUCAGGGACAUCCGGGCUCAGUACGAGACCAUUGCGGCUAAGAACAUCUCUGAAGCUGAGGAGUGGUACAAGUCUAAGGUUUCAGACUUGACCCAGGCAGCCAAUAAGAACAAUGACGCACUACGCCAGGCCAAGCAGGAGAUGAUGGAGUACCGACACCAGAUCCAGUCCUACACCUGCGAGAUUGAUGCCCUCAAGGGCACCAACGACUCCCUGAUGAGGCAGAUGCGGGAGUUGGAAGAUCGCUUUGCCAGUGAGGCCAGUGGCUAUCAGGACAACAUUGCGCGCCUGGAGGAGGAGAUCAGGCAUCUGAAGGAUGAGAUGGCCCGCCACCUGCGGGAGUAUCAAGACCUGCUCAAUGUGAAGAUGGCCUUGGAUGUGGAGAUUGCCACUUACCGGAAGCUGCUGGAGGGCGAGGAGAGCCGGAUCAACCUUCCUAUCCAGACCUUCUCUGCUCUCAACUUCCGAGAAACCAGCCCUGAACAAAGGGGUUCUGAGGUCCACACCAAAAAGACGGUGAUGAUCAAGACCAUUGAGACCCGGGAUGGAGAGGUCGUCAGCGAGGCCACACAGCAACAACAUGAGGUGCUCUAAGCCAGACCAGCACCGUCCCGGCCCCGUCCUCACUGCCUCAUGAUGCCAGCCUCUUCGGCUCUCAGUUGUCACACCCAGCCACUUUCCUCCACUCACAGCCCCUGACCCCUCCUCACCGAUCACCCCUUUGUGGUCUUCAUGCUGCCCAGCCCCUGGAAACACCUCAGCCAUCUCUGCAGACCCUCCCGUGAGUCCUGGCUGUUGGCAGUUGUCCAGCCUGGCUCUUAAGAGAGAACCCAGCUCAAGUCUUGACCCUUUCCCUCCCACCUCUGUAGCCUCAGGCUUUAGCCUCUGGCUUUGGAGAGGGUACCAGAGAGGGUGUUGGGAUUGACAGGGUCAGGACAGAGCUUUGUGGACAUCCCCACAUUCGACCCCCAGCCUGGGUCAGAGACAGAGUGAAGCCUUCUCAGCAAGCUGAGAUGGAGAGUGGGGGGCUGAAAAAAAAAAGUCCUCAUAGCCCCUCUCUUUCCCAUCGCAGCCCAGGAUGGGCUUGGAAAGCAGGGGCUGUAAGAAGGAACCCGAAGGUGCUGGAUGUGGGAGCAGGAAAUACAGAAGGAGAGAGGGUGGAUGAGAAGCCGGAGAGGAAAGAAGAGAGAGGCAGAGAGUAGGCCUGGGGGGUGGAAGGGCACCACCUCCUGUGCCUGCCCCUCCACUACAGGGGCCCUGGACAGAAACAAUAAAUAAAAAGCCAAGCACAAACCUCCA